UGUUUCAGCCACACCGUCAGCGCUCGGCAAGCAGCACACACACAGAUCUCUCUCCUCUAUAUAGUUUCGUUAGCUUACACAAACAACAACAGCCAUGGAUGAUGAUGUUGCUGCAUUGGUCUGUGACAACGGCUCCGGCAUGUGUAAAGCCGGCUUUGCCGGAGACGAUGCUCCCCGAGCUGUCUUCCCCUCAAUUGUCGGCCGCCCAAGACAUCAGGGCGUGAUGGUCGGUAUGGGUCAGAAAGACAGCUAUGUUGGAGAUGAGGCUCAGUCCAAGAGAGGUAUCCUCACACUCAAGUACCCCAUCGAGCACGGUAUCGUCACCAACUGGGACGACAUGGAGAAGAUCUGGCAUCACACCUUCUACAACGAGCUCCGUGUUGCACCCGAGGAGCACCCCGUCCUCCUGACAGAGGCUCCCCUCAACCCCAAGGCCAACCGUGAAAAGAUGACCCAGAUCAUGUUCGAGACCUUCAACUCUCCAGCUAUGUAUGUGGCCAUCCAGGCUGUUCUGUCUCUGUACGCCUCUGGUCGUACCACGGGUAUUGUUUUGGACUCUGGUGAUGGUGUCACCCACACUGUACCCAUCUAUGAAGGUUACGCCCUUCCCCACGCCAUCAUGAGGUUGGAUCUUGCCGGUCGUGACCUGACUGAUUACCUCAUGAAGAUCCUCACUGAGCGUGGUUACUCCUUCACCACCACCGCUGAGAGAGAAAUCGUCCGAGACAUCAAGGAAAAGCUCUGCUACAUCGCCCUUGACUUCGAGCAGGAAAUGGCUACUGCUGCCUCUUCUUCCUCCCUUGAGAAGAGUUACGAGUUGCCCGACGGUCAAGUCAUCACCAUCGGAAACGAGAGGUUCCGUUGCCCAGAGUCUCUCUUCCAGCCAUCCUUCUUGGGUAUGGAAUCUGCUGGUAUCCACGAAACCACAUUCAACUCCAUCAUGAAGUGCGAUGUUGACAUCCGUAAGGACCUGUACGCCAACACUGUUCUCUCAGGAGGUACCACCAUGUUCCCUGGUAUCGCCGACAGAAUGCAGAAGGAGAUCACAUCCCUUGCCCCAAGCACAAUGAAGAUCAAGAUCAUCGCUCCCCCAGAGAGGAAAUACUCCGUCUGGAUCGGUGGCUCCAUCCUUGCCUCUCUGUCCACCUUCCAGCAGAUGUGGAUCAGCAAGCAGGAGUACGACGAGUCCGGCCCAUCCAUUGUACACAGGAAGUGCUUCUAAAUGUGUUUUACGGACUAUAAUUUCGAUAAUCCUCAUACUAUCCUGAUUAGGACUAUUCUCCGGCUGUUGCAAAUUGCCGUCGCUCAAUAUUGUACAUACACCGGUUCCAAUAUGGGCACUACCAAAAGUGACUUUCCAUUCCUCAAAACAAACUGUAUAUUGUAAUUUAUUCCUUACAAAAGCGCAAUAAAUCACAAUCAACUCGUUUUUUAAACUGUUGUAUUGUUUCGUAUGAUCAAGUAAGGAUAUAAAACAUGAAUCGUUUUCUUUACUGGCUUAUCAAAAUAGCAAGACAAUUAUUGUUUGGUUACUAUAUAAACAGUAAGCCAAUUGUACAUUUUCUAUUGAAACUUUGCUUUGUGAUACUUGCUAGUGAGGACAACGAUUCUUACCGGGCUGCUUUACCAUGGGCUUUAAUCACCGAGCUGUUAUGUUUGACUCCCUGAAAGUCGUACUGUGUGAUGUACGGACACGCGGGGGUAACGGGCACUUGUUUCACUCACUGAUAAAGUGUAUGCAAAUUACGGAGCGGGCAAUAAAAGAGCUAAUCAUCA